UGCUCAACCGCUUGCACCGAGUCCUCCAUGUUCAAACUCUCAAUAGUCAAAAAUGAAGCGCAAAUGCGUCAAGCUCUUCGUGGCCUCCCUUACAACUCGUCAACGUAGCACGCACCUCCCUUUCUCUUUUGAAGAUCUAGGUUACUCAGCUGUGUCAAAAGUCCAACAAGUGCAAUUGCUACUUUGAUGUUUUGCUGAGGCACGAUCAUCAUCUGUUGCUGUUCUUUUCUACGUCCACCAACCCACUGAACACCGAAUCUACACUCACCCAUUUACCAGCGAGCCGUCAGAUCAAUACCAACCGACUUUAUCUCAUAAAUAUGGGGGUGCUCAACUUACUUCAAGGUACUGCCUUGCUUUCGGAUGGCUUCUCUUAGAUUUGCGAGACUUCUCGUCCUUCUCCUUUCCCUUUCUCUACCUUUGGCUACGCAAGCGGCGUUACACAAUUUCAUCGAUGACAUACCGUCAGAUGCAAAGUAUGACUAUGUUAUCGUCGGAGGUGGGCUACCUGACUCGUAUCAUGCUCGUUUGGAACUCGUUGAAGUCUGCUUCUUUUUCUAGGUGGUAUAGCGGGAAGCGUCCUCGCAUCACGUCUUUCCGAAAGUGAAAAAUGGAAAGUGUUACUUUUAGAAGCUGGGCCUAGUGAUACCACCAAUGACAAAAUCCCUAUUCCCUUCGAGAAUGGUCGAUUGUUUGGGUCAGAGGUCGAUUGGAACUAUACGUCCACACCGCAACCUGGUGCUUUCAAUAGAACCAUCCCCAUGAUUCGCGGGAAGGUGCUUGGGGGGAGUAGCAGUCUUAACCAUAUGACAUGGAACCGUGCAUCCAACGAUUAUUGGGACAACUUUGGUCGUCUAGUCGAUGACCCGGGAUGGUCGUGGAGUGGUGUAGAGAGAUACUACGAUAAGGUCCAACGCCUCGUUUUCCCACCCGACGAACACGAUGACAGUAAAGAAGUCAUCCCAAGCGCUCACGGAAGAGGACCAGUCCAGAUCAGUACGACAGGAUUCCAUACGAACAUCGACCAGAGGGUUCUUAAUUCGACCCGAGACGGCUCUCGCUAUUCGUUCAACCCAGACUCCAACGCGGGUGAUAUGGUUGGCAUUGCUUGGCUGCAAAGCUCCAUUACCAGUCGUGGAGAGCGUAGCAGCGCCUCGACUGCUUACUUACACUCCUCAGUUCUCCACCGCAAGAAUCUGGAUGUCGUCGUAAACGCCAGGGCCGUCAAGCUGUCUUCUUCCCAGAACAACGCGAAUAGAAGUGACGGAAGUCGCAAGAUUAGGAUCGACACUGUGGAAAUAACCAACACUCCUGAUUCCCCUCGACGAAAAAUCACAGCCGCGAAAGAAAUCAUACUUUCCUCUGGAGCCUUUAACACCCCACACCUCCUCUUGCUCUCCGGAAUCGGUUCCCAAGCCGACCUAGCCAACCCCUCGCUCAAUAUCCCAGUCCUCGUCAACUCACCUGGAGUAGGCAAACACCUCGCUGAUCACCCUCUCUUACCCAACUAUUGGCUUGUAGCUGAUAAUAACACGUUUGAUGAUGUGACGAGAUAUCCGGAUGUUGAGGAACGGUGGAUUAAAGAGUGGCAGAAGGAGAGAAAGGGGAUUAUGGUGAUGCCACAUGCUGGGAAUACGCUUGGGUUUUUCAGACAUCCGGAGGGGUUCAGGGGAGGUGAGGAUCCGUCGAGUGGAAAGAGAAGUGGGAAUACGGAGAUGAUUUAUUUGAACGGAUGGGCAGAGUUUGGACAGCCAGUACCAAGGACAGGGAAUUACUUGACGAUAUUGACGUCUGUCGUGUCUGUUACAUCUCUUGGACAAGUCACCCUCCGCUCCUCUAACCCUUUCGACCCACCUGUUAUCAACCCCAACAUCUUCUCUACACCUUACGACAUCGAUUCCAUGGUUCAAGUUAUGAAAGACGCUGAAGAUUUAUUAAAUUUCAACGCCACGGACUCACCAUGGAAAGACUACAUCAUCUCCAAACUCAACCCGUUCACCACAGACGCUGAACGAGCGGACUACGCACGGAACAACUCUGUCUCUAUUAGUCAUGGUUCCGGGACUGUCAGGAUGGGUUCUCAGCACGACCAUGAGGCGCCGGUAGAUUCGAGUUUGAGAGUAAAGGGGGUGAAGGGACUGAGAGUUGUGGAUGCUUCCGUCUUUCCCAAGAUCCCUGAAUGCCAUCCACAAGCUGUUGUAUACGUUAUUGCUGAAAAGGCGGCUGACCUGAUCAAGGAAGAUCAUAAAGAGUAAAGGGAGUGUUUACUACCUAGUACCGAGAGAGUUAUAUAGCUGUGAUCGUCUUGGAUAAUGGAUCAUGAUGUGUUGAUUACGAGUGUGAUCGCAGUCGGAAGCAAAGCAUGUAUGUAUUUGCAUAUAUACAUCAUUAUAACCUUUAAGAAAAAAGCAAGCGUAAAAGAAGAAAUUGCGAAAGGCACAUCCCUACGAAACGACUCUCAACCCCUCAACGUAACCGC